GCGGCCGUGUGGCAGCCAUGGCGGCCUCGGAGGCGGCGGCGGCUGGGCCCGCGGCUCUGACGGUGGGCGCCCCGGCCGUCCCCGCGGCUUCGAGGGGAGCCGCCGCCGCCUCGGGCUCGUGGGGGCCCCCGGGAUCCCGGCUGAGGGUAAGCCGGCCGCGGCCUGCGGCGGCGAGACAGCAGCCCGCGGCCCCUCAGCCGCCGGCCCGGGAGCUGAUCCAACCGUCGGUGAGCGAGCUGUCCCGGGCCGUGCGGACCAACAUCCUGUGCACCGUGCGCGGCUGCGGCAAGAUCCUGCCCAACAGCCCCGCGCUCAACAUGCACCUGGUCAAGAGCCACCGUCUGCAGGAUGGCAUAGUAAAUCCAACAAUAAGAAAAGAUUUGAAAACUGUACCGAAAUUCUACUGUUGUCCAAUUGAAGGAUGCCCGCGAGGCCCUGACAGACCAUUUUCUCAGUUUUCUCUCGUAAAACAGCACUUCAUGAAAAUGCAUGCUGAGAAGAAGCAUAAAUGUAGUAAAUGCAGCAAUUCGUAUGGUACGGAAUGGGACUUGAAAAGACACGCAGAGGACUGUGGCAAGACCUUCCAGUGCACAUGUGGCUGUCCCUAUGCCAGUAGAACAGCAUUACAGUCCCACAUCUAUCGAACUGGCCAUGAGAUCCCUGCAGAACACAGGGAUCCACCUAGUAAGAAAAGGAAAAUGGAAAACUGCCUGCAAAACCAGAAGUUGUCCAAUAAGACCACCGAAUCACUGAGCAGCCAACCAACCCCUAGACCAGACACUCAAGAACUAGAAACUUCAGAAAUAAAGCUAGUAGCUUCUUUUGAAGACUCUUGUGGCUCUAAUGCCAGAAAGCAGACCCUUACAACACCUACGAGAUAUUCUCAGAAGCUGCUUUUACCAAAGCCCAAAGUGGCUUUGGUUAAACUACCGGUGAUGCAGUUCUCUCCUGUGCCUGUCUUUGUGCCUACGGCCGACUCCUCAGCCCAACAUGUGGUGUUCGGUGUUGAUCAGGGCUCUGCCACGGGCACUGUGCACUUACUGCCCUUGUCGGUAGGAACCUUGAUCCUUGGCCUAGAUUCAGAGGCUUGCUCUCUUAAGGAGAGCCUACCUCUUUCAAAAAUGAUAAGUCCUGUUGCUGUUGAGCCAAUUAGUACAGGAGUUCAAGUGAGCUUGGGUAAAAGUCCAUUUAAUCCUUUACAAGAAUUAGGGAACACAUGUCAAAAGAAUAGCAUUUCUUCAAUCAAUAUACAGACAGAUCUGUCUUAUGCCUCACAAAACUUUAUACCUUCUGCACAGUGGGCUAGCCCUGAUUCCUCUGUGUCAUCUUGUUCUCAAACUGAUUUGUCAUUUGAUUCUCAAGUGUCCCUUCCCAUUAGUGUUCACACUCAGACAUUUUUGCCCAGCUCUAAGGUAACUUCAUCUAUAGCUGCUCAGACUGAUGGAUUUAUAGAUGCUUGUUUCCAGUCCAGUGGGAUCUCCAGAGAAACUCAAACCAGUGGGAUACAAAGUAUGACAGAUGACCAUGUACAGAUGGACCAAGCUGGAAUGUGUGGAGACAUUUUUGAGAGUGUCCAUUCAUAUAAUGUUCCUACAGAUAAUAUUAUAAGCAACAGUUUAGUAGCAGACACAGUAACUCAUGGUUUGUUACCUCAGAACGACCCUAAGACUUUAAAUCAAGAUAUUGAGAAAUCUGCACCAAUUAUAAACUUCAGUGCACAGAAUAUGCUUCCUUCACAGAACAUGACAGAUAAUCAGACCCAAACUAUAGAUUUAUUAAGUGAUUUAGAAAACAUCUUAUCAAGUAAUCUGCCUGCUCAGACAUUGGAUAAUCGGAGUCUUCUAUCUGACACGAAUCCAGGACCUGACACUCAGCUCCCAUCUGGCCCACCUCAGAAUCCUGGAAUAGAUUUUGAUAUUGAAGAGUUCUUUUCAGCCUCAAAUAUCCAGACUCAAACUGAAGAGAGUGAACUUGGCACCAUGAACACAGAACCAGUCUUAGAAUCACUGGACAUAGAGACCCAAACUGACUUCUUACUUGCAGACACCUCUGCUCAGUCCUAUGGGUGUAGGGGAAAUUCUAACUUCUUAGGCCUUGAGAUGUUUGACACGCAGACACAGACAGACUUAAACUUCUUUUUAGACAGUAGCCCUCAUCUGCCUUUGGGAAGUAUUCUGAAACACUCCAGCUUUUCCAUGAGUACUGAUUCAUCUGACACAGAGACCCAAACCGAAGGAAUCUCCACUGCUAAAAACAUACCUGCUCUAGAAAGCAAAGUUCAGUUGAACAGUACAGAAACACAAACCAUGAGUUCUGGGUUUGAAACCCUGGGGAGCUUGUUCUUCACCAGCAAUGAAACUCAAACAGCAAUGGAUGACUUUCUUCUGGCUGAUUUGGCCUGGAACACGAUGGAGUCUCAGUUUAGUUCUGUAGAAACCCAGACAUGUGCCGAACUAUAUGCAGUCUCCGAUUUCUAAAAGCUGAGUCCACUUGUGGGAUGGCAUUUACCAUUUCCUUCUGGAUUAGAAAAUGGGGAAUGGUACAAUGGUAUUAACUCUGUUGAAUGUAGCUGAUGACACAGUCACUUAGAUUCUUUGCGGUUCUUUGCCUUUUGUACUUGUAAACAUGAAAUUUGUGUAUAAAUGUGAGUAUUAUAAAGUGUAAGAUGUUGAUCUAAAAGUGAUUGCUUUGUGUUGCCCAUAUUGUCCUUUUACAGCUGGUCUUUCCAUCUUUAAAAAAAAAAUUUCUUACCUGUAAAGCCUGUCUAGCCAGUUAGCUGAAGCCAAGCUUACCAGCUACUAAGACACAAACUUCUCAGAUCUUCAGAACGUUUUAGUCAUAGUGUAACAUACUUAAAUUGCACCUAAAAUAUUUUUGACAGUGCUUGUUAGAAAUUCAUGUUUCUCGAUAGAAAUGAGAAAGGCAAUGCUGCCACCAUCAGAUUUAAACAGUGCUUCCAUGGUUUGAGACUUCUGCUGCUUUGACAUCUUUUCUGAUCUGAAGACACCAAGGAAAACUACAGCUGUCUAGUUUUGAGACAGUUUUCAUGUAGUCAUGUCAUCCCUUCUCUAUAUGAGCUAUUAUUAGUAAUGUACUUUUCUCACAAGAGGUUUAUUGCUGUAAAAUUGCUGCCUAGAGGGAAAGCAUCAAGCACUUAGUGUACAUAGUGAUCCUUGUAAAUAACAGUCAUCCAAACCAUGGGAAUAUGGGGUUGUGGAAUCGUGCUUAUUAGUUCAUCCUAGCAUGUGCCCUAUGAACAUCCUUCCUGCUUUCCACAAUAGGCCAGAAUGGGGCUCUGGAGCUACUGCCCAAAGUGCACCCACAGGCUGGAUCUGAGUUUUGUCACUCUAAAAAUGUGAGAAGAGAAAAGGACAUUUCAAUACUUUGCACUUCUAAGCUUCAUUGAGCGAGAGUGCAACCUACAAUUAUUUUAAAGUGACUUUUCCUUCCAUCCACCACUAAUUUUUUUCUUGAAUAAGGAAAGAUAUUGGUCUAGCAAGGAAAUUAUUUGUGCCUUGAGGCUAGCAAUUAUAGAAUAGAUCCAUCUAAAAUAUGAUAUUCUGUAUAUUGUUGCUUUACUUUUUUGAUGAGAGUAAUACCAAAUAGUCAUCUUCAAAGAAAACAAGGUGAAGACUUAUUGCUUCAAUAAUCAAGAGCAUUUUCUGUGAGAUGGGAGCAUGGUCAAGUAUGCUAUAGGGGUUUUCUAUAUUUAAGAGAUCCUGAAUUCUUAAUUGCUAGCCAACUUUCAGGCAAGGAAGAAACAGUGCAGACUGUAUGUUGUCUAAGUUUACAAAAACAAAAAGACCUGUUCUUUCUGUGGCAUACUCUUAUGCUGUGAAGGCAAAACUAAGGAGGGGACUACUGAUUCAUUAAAUUGAUGGUGUUGCUACUAAUUCCUAUCCCAUACAUCUGAUACAAAAGCAGUUUGGUAAUGGAUAACAUAUCCUGGGCAGGUGAAUUCAACCUAGUAGAUAAAAGUUUGCUUUGGUCACAGUUGCCUAUAAAUAUGUAUUUCAAAACAAACAUAAAGCCUUAAUUUAAAAUUUCAUUAUGUUUUAGAAUCAUCACUGCCUUAAUGUUCAAACAUUUAUUUAAGUCCUCCCAAUAAAGGAGAAAUGCAUGUUUGUAGUUUUUUGUAAAUAUAAACGCAGAUCUAUGGCUUUAAAAAACAAAAACAAAACACUUGUUUCUGUGACUGAUUGUUAAUUUAGCCAAUAGAAUUAUGUACAAAAAAAUGGAGCAUGCAAUGGUUCAUGUACAAGAACUGCCUCCCCACCAAACCUCAGCUACCUGGUUGUUCUAAGAUUACUUGUAAAAACUGAAAUUCUGUGAUUAAAGAGAAGCUAGAAUUCUA